GACAGUAUGGGGUCCAGUGCAUUGCUUCUCAUCUUGCUGAUGUCCUUCAUUCACUCUGGACUCAAUCAAGGUGCUGGAGUAAAACCUGUAGUGAAGGUGACGCCAGAUCAGCCUGUGUUCAGAGGAGAGAGAGUCACUCUCACAUGUGACUUACAGGGAGGAGGAAACAUUCAGUGGUUUAAAUAUGGAAACCCUUUCUAUCCAUACACAACAACAGCAGAGUUCAGUUUCACAGCUGAAGUGUCUCACAGUGGUGAAUACAGCUGUAGAGGAGAGAGAUCACACUCACAGACAGACAUCAGUGCUGCUGUUACACUGACUGUAUCAGAUUUACCCACAUCUACACUGACUGUGACUCCAGACAAUCCUGUAUUCACUGGAGAGACAGUCAAUCUGAAGUGUGUGAUAGAGACUUACAGUAAAUGGAGACAGAGAAAUUAUCUGACAUAUGAGUGGAGAUACUGGACAAAUGAGUGGAGAUAUGAGUGGUAUAAAGACAGUUCAAAGUUACAGACGUCUGAGCGUUACACUGUAAAUGAAGACACUCUCAGUAUUGUUGGAGCUGUUACAUCUGAUCAGGGUUGGUACAUGUGUAGAGGACUGAGAGAUGGAAGACCAAACUCAUCACAUUCAAGCUCUGCUGUUUAUCUCUCUGUGUCUGUGACGGAUUCACCCACAUCUACACUGACUGUGACACCAGACAGUCCUGUAUUCACUGGAGAGACAGUCAAUCUGAAGUGUGAGAUAGAGACUUACAGUAACUGGAGGCAGAGAAAUUAUCUGACAUAUGAGUGGGGAGACUGGACACCUGAGUGGAGAUAUGAGUGGUAUAAAGACAGUUCAAAGUUACAGACGUCUGAGCGUUACACUGUAAACAGAGACACUCUCAGUAUUGUUGGAGCUGUUACAUCUGAUCAGGGUCAGUACUGGUGUAGAGGACAGAGAGAUGGAAGACCAAACUCAUCACAUUCAAGCUCUGUUUCUCUCUCUGUGAAGUAUUCACCCACAUCUACACUGACUGUGACACCAGACAGUCCUGUAUUCACUGGAGAGACAGUCAAUCUGAAGUGUGAGAUAGAGACUUACAGUAACUGGAGGCAGAGAAAUUAUCAGACAUAUGAGUGGGGAGACUGGACACAUGAGUGGAGAUAUGAGUGGUAUAAAGACAGUUCAAAGUUACAGACGUCUGAGCGUUACACUGUAAACAGAGACACUCUCAGUAUUGUUGGAGCUGUUACAUCUGAUCAGGGUCAGUACUGGUGUAGAGGACUGAGAGAUGGAAGACCAAACUCAUCACAUUCAAGCUCUGUUUCUCUCUCUGUGAAGGAUUCACCCACAUCUACACUGACUGUGACUCCAGACAGAUCUGUAUUCACUGGAGAGACAGUCAAUCUGAAGUGUGUGAUAGAGACUUACAGAUACUGGAUCUGGAGAAAUUACCAUAGAGAUGACUGGAGAGACUGGACACAUGAGUGGAGAUAUGAGUGGUAUAAAGGCAGUUCAAAGUUACAGAAGUCUGAGUGUCACACUGUAACCAGAGACACUCUCAGUAUUGUUGAAGCUGUUACAUCUGAUCAGGGUCAGUACUGGUGUAGAGGACUGAGAGAUGGAAGACCAAACUCAUCACAAUCAAGCUCUGUUGUUUCUCUCUCUGUGAAGGAUUCACCCACAUCUACACUGACUGUGACACCAGACAGAUCUGUAUUCACUGGAGAGACAGUCAAUCUGAAGUGUGUGAUAGAGACUUACAGUGACUGGACCUGGAGAAAUUACCAGAGAGAUGACAGGAGAUACUGGACACAUGAGUGGAGAUAUGAGUGGUAUAAAGGCAGUUCAAUGUUACAGGCGUCUGAGCGUCACACUGUAAACAGAGACACUCUCAGUAUUGUUGGAGCUGUUACAUCUGAUCAGGGUCAGUACUGGUGUAGAGGACUGAGAGAUGGCAGACCAAACUCAUCACAUUCAAGCUCUGUUUCUCUCUCUGUGAAGGAUAAACCGAAGCCAAUUCUGACUGUAAAGCCUCAGAGAUCAGUGUUCACUGGAGACACAGUUUCUCUCAGCUGUGACGUGGGACAGUCAACUGGAUGGACGUUUCUCUGGAGGAAAGACUCAAACCGUGAAUCCAUUGAUCAUUCAACUAAAACAAUCAGUUCUGUGAGAGUCUCUGAUGGAGGAACAUACCAGUGCAGAGCAGAGAGAGGAAACUACUACACAGAGCUCAGUGAUACAAUUAAGAUAACAGUGAGAGAGAGACCCAAACCUGUAGUGCGUGUUCAGCCUGAUGUUCGUGUGUUCAGAGGAGAGACGGUCACUCUCACAUGUGACAUACAGGAGGCAGGAGUCUGGCGGUACAACUGGUAUAAAGAUUAUUACAGCAGAAGACAAGUCCAGAUCUAUUACACCGCAGGACAAGACAAGAGCUAUAUAAUCACAUCUGUGGAUUGGUCUCAUGCUGGUGUGUACAGCUGUAGAGGAACCCAGACUAAAGCCCCACAGUACUCAGAGAUCAGUGACAGAGUUAUGCUGACAGUAUCAGAUAAACCGAAGCCAAAUCUGACUGUAAAGCCUCAGAGUUCAGUGUUCACUGGAGACACAGUUACUCUCAGCUGUGACGUGGGACAGUCAACUGGAUGGACGUUUCUCUGGAGGAAAGACUCAAACCGUGAAUCCAUUGAUCAUUCAACUAAAACAAUCAGUUCUGUGAGAGUCUCUGAUGGAGGAACAUACCAGUGCAGAGCAGAGAGAGGAAACUACUACACAGAGCUCAGUGAUACAAUUAAGAUAACAGUGAGAGAGAGACCCAAACCUGUAGUGCGUGUUCAGCCUGAUGUUCGUGUGUUCAGAGGAGAGACGGUCACUCUCACAUGUGACAUACAGGAGGCAGGAGUCUGGCGGUACAACUGGUAUAAAGAUUAUUACAGCAGAAGACAAGUCCAGAUCUAUUACACCGCAGGACAAGACAAGAGCUAUAUAAUCACAUCUGUGGAUUGGUCUCAUGCUGGUGUGUACAGCUGUAGAGGAACCCAGACUAAAGCCCCACAGUACUCAGAGAUCAGUGACAGAGUUAUGCUGACAGUAUCAGAUAAACCGAAGCCAAUUCUGACUGUAAAGCCUCAGAGAUCAGUGUUCACUGGAGACACAGUUACUCUCAGCUGUGACGUGGGACAGUCAACUGGAUGGACGUUUCUCUGGAGGAAAGACUCAAACCGUGAAUCCAUUGAUCAUUCAACUAAAACAAUCAGUUCUGUGAGAGUCUCUGAUGGAGGAACAUACCAGUGCAGAGCAGAGAGAGGAAACUACUACACAGAGCUCAGUGAUACAAUUAAGAUAACAGUGAGAGAGAGACCCAAACCUGUAGUGCGUGUUCAGCCUGAUGUUCGUGUGUUCAGAGGAGAGACGGUCACUCUCACAUGUGACAUACAGGAGGCAGGAGUCUGGCGGUACAACUGGUAUAAAGAUUAUUACAGCAGAAGACAAGUCCAGAUCUAUUACACCGCAGGACAAGACAAGAGCUAUAUAAUCACAUCUGUGGAUUGGUCUCAUGCUGGUGUGUACAGCUGUAGAGGAACCCAGACUAAAGCCCCACAGUACUCAGAGAUCAGUGACAGAGUUAUGCUGACAGUAUCAGGUCUAAAGCCAAAGCCUGAACUCACAUCAGAUCCUGCAGGAGCUGCACUGACAGGAAACACAGUGACUUUGACCUGUCGCAUGGAUCCGUCCACUGGAUACUGGGACUUUUACUGGUACAAACACACACUGAACCCUGAGACAGAGAAGAGAGAAACAAACUCCUACAGACUGAAGAUUGAUUCAGUGUCUGAUGGAGGCCAGUACUGGUGUAGAGCUGGAAGAGGGAAACCAGUCUAUUACACAAACUACAGUGAUGCACUGUGGGUCAAUGUUACAGUGAGUCCUAAAGCUGUGCUGACGGUACGACCUGAUGAACGAGUGUUCAGAGGAGAAACAGUCACUCUCAGAUGUGAAAUAACGUGGGGAGGAGACACUGAGUGGACAUACAGAUGGGAAAUAGAGGGAACCAACAACUUGAAUAUAAACUCUGCCAAUCGAUGUACAAAACAAGAGUGCUGCACCAGUGGAGUCAAUAAACAGAAACACAGAGAAGCUGUCAGUCUGUGCUCAACACAAGAGUUGAACAUCAGCAGUGUUGAUCACUUUCACAGUGGUAAAUACACCUGUACAGGACUGAUGAACACUCAAAGCUGUCAGCGCAGUGAUGCUGUUACACUGACUGUAUCAGCUGAAGCUCAGGCAGCAGUGCGAGUGUCUCCACAGCCGUGGCUGACUGAAGGAGAAUCAGUGACUCUGAUCUGUGAGGUUUCAGGCUCCUCUACAAGCUGGACGUUCAGCUGGUUCAGAGAUCAUGAUCAUCUGUCAGACAGCAGCAGAGGAGCUGGAGGAUCUUACACUCUCAGUCCUGCUGCUCUACAGCACACAGGAGUUUAUACGUGCAGAGCAGAGAGAGGACGACCAGCCUAUUACACACGACACAGCAGCACACAGCCACUGUGGGUCACUGGUGUUUCUUCUUCAGUGUCUCUGGUCAUCAAUCCCAGCAGAAGUCAACACUUCUCAUCUGACUCUCUCUCUCUGAGCUGUGAGGAUCAGAGUAACUCUGCUGGAUGGACAGUGAGAAGAUACACAGACAAAGACACAAAAACUUGUUCAAAUCAAACAGGAUCUCCAUGUGUAAUCGAGUCUCUCAGCACAUCUGACACUGGAGUGUACUGGUGUCAGUCUGAAUCUGGAGAGAAACGUCAUCCUCAAAACAUCACUGUACAUGAUGGUGAAGUGAUUCUGGUGAGUUCUGUUGAUCCUGUGAUUGAGGGAGAGACUCUGACUCUACACUGUUUACAUCGAUCUACAAACUCCCCGAUCCUCAGCGCUGAUUUCUAUAAAGACGGAUCACUGGUCCAGAAUCAGACGACAGGAGAGAUGAACAUCACUACUGUCUCAAAGUCACAUGAGGGUUUCUACUACUGUAAAACAGAGAGAGGACAGUCACUCCACAGCUGGAUCUCAGUCAGAGCUCCUCAAUCAUCUUCUCUUCUGGUCAUUGGUGUGUCUGUAAGAUUGAGUUUUUUCUUGUUGUUCCUCGUCUCACUGGUUCUGCUGUGGAGACACAAAAACAACAAAGAUCAUCACCGUAACACUCAACAGACAUCAGACUCAACUCGAUCUGGAGAAUCUCAUAUGGAAAACUCUCCUCUGCAGCCUGGUUCAGAUCACAUUUAUGAUGACGUGGCUGCAGUGAAUAAUGGCGAUAAAGAUCCAGUGCCAUCUUCAGACAUUACAUAUUCAGAGGUCACUGUUGAGAAAAAGAGAUCCGUGGAUAAAGACAAUACUACGGCAGAGUCAAAUAUUGUGAUGUACUCAGAAGUCGGAACUAAAGUAAAGAAGUUCAAAAGCAAAGAUAUUAAUACUUCAGGAACCAGUGAUUUGACUUAUGCACAGAUCAAUAUACAGGACAAAAAGAAAAGCAAGGGCAAAGGCGCUGGACUUGCUGAUGUUCUGAUUAAAAUGAAAUCUAAGGAGAAAUACAAAGGAAAGAGCAGCGAGUCUGGAGACACUUUAUACUCUGAAUUGAACCACAACACAGAUAGAGGUGUUGAUGCUGAAGUCGGUGAUGCAACUUGUGCUCAAGUCUUUAAGAAGAAAGGUCACAAAAAGAAUAAAACACGUCCCUGAGAUCAGCGAAGAGAACAGACGCCAGAAGAGAAACACCAGCAGAAGAAAUGAAUCUGAGUCAAAUGCUUAUGUACAUGCUUGAAUGAAAGAGAAUUGCACUAUAUUAUCUGUACACAUAUUGUGUAAACAAUUAAAACUAAUAUAUAGUAAAACAUUUUCUAGUGAGCAUUUAUGUUUAACACAUUACCUGUCUUAUCAAAUAGAGCCUGUGUUUUUGCCAAGAUAAGAUAAUUUUUCUUAUAGCAUAUAUAUUGUUUUCUUUCUUUUUUUUUUUUUUAUGCUGCAAUUAAUGAAGUGUGAGAUUUCUAUUUGAUAAAUAAAAACAUAACAUUAUCUUUG